AUGGUGUCGGGAAUGACAGUAUUGUUAGGCGGGAUGGAGAUCUCGGCAGCUUCUCUGGCAGCUAUCGUUCGUAACGCCGAUACAACAACUCUCAUCGUUGACUGUCGAUGCCUAGCCGAAUUCAAGCAAUCUCAUAUAUGUCGUGCAACGAAUCCAUUUUAUUCGAAGUUACUCCAACGACGCCUUUUAGAAAACAAG